AUGGAAUCAUGUCCUCAUACUUUUUCAUACUUUUUCUUAUACUGUUAUUCUUAUACUUAUUCUCCUAUUAUUAUUAUUAUUAUUAUUAUUAUUAUUAUUAUUAUUAUUAUUAUUAUUAUUAUUAUUAUUAUUACUAUUAUUAUAUUAUUAUUAUUAUUAUUAUUAUUAUUAUUAUUAUUAUUAUUAUUAUUAUUAUUAUUAUUAUUAUUAUUAUUAUUAUUAUUAUUAUUAUUAUUAUUAUUAUUAUUAUUACUUGCUCUUAUUUUUUAUUCUUAA